UUAAAAGGGGACAAGAAGCCGCCAGAGGCCGAGGCCGGAGUUGGAGCUGAAGCUGAGCGGAAGCCCAGGACACGGUCUCGGGCUUUUGUUUCGACACCUGGACCUGAUUGAGGUAUUUUUUGUCGUCGUCGUCCACCACCACCACCACCACCCACCACAGAUUUGAAGAUUUUUCUUUGAACUGGGUCUUUGGGAAGUUGACCUGCCGCACCAGUACGUCGUGAUGGAAGAUUUCUUGGUAGUAUGUAAACAGCUCCACAGGCAGCUGUUGGCAGGAGAGAGACCCAGCAUCAGCAGUCAGGAUCUGGCAAAGUUUCUUAAUUUAGAUGUGUACAUGACAGACCUAUCAGAUCUAUCAACAGACUUUCAUUUAUCUACUGAUCAGAGAAACUGGAUUCAUGAUACUCAGCCCAGUACACCACCAUUCAUGCCACCGUUGCCUGAAGAUAGCCAUGGCAAGCAACCUCACGAACCUGCAGUGAGUGUGAAUGACAGUAAAAAUGAAAUUCUGCUGUUUCAAAUUACUUUAAUUCAGAUGAUAAACUCUAAAGUGAAUUCCCAGACAUUGGAAGAAGAUAUCAGGGAAACCUACACAAAAGCUAUAAGAAUUCUGUUGGAAGAUACAGAAAUUAUAUCUAAACUGAUUCUUCUGUUCAAACAUUCCAAUCAGCUGUUGUCUCACGUCGCUAUGAAAUGUGUUUCAUCACUAAUUAUUUUCCAGCUUUUUACAACAGAUUUAUCCAGUGAUAUCUGGUUUAAGACAUGCAUUCAGACUUUGUCAGAGGACCCUCGGAACACCCAAUCAGCAAAAUGUCUGGAAAUUGUUGCAGCUGUAUUGAAAGGUGUUUUAGAGGGAAAAUUUCCAAACAAGACAGUGAUUAUAAUGAAACUCCUUUCCCCACUGGAUGCAAUAUUUGAUGGUUUGAACACCUUCAUGUUUUCUUCAAAUUUUAUUGACUCCAGAAGAAACAAUGCUGCAGAAAGCAUUGGGAGUGACUUUGAUCCUACAAAUAAUCUGCUAGCCAUCAUAGAUGUACUUGAAGUUUUCAUUGCCAUCAGAAUCCAGCUGAAACUAGAUUGUUCUUGUCUGAGGACUUUAUACUUGCGGACCGCAUGCAUGUUGGACUUCAUCAAUUCCUCUGCUCAUUACUUUGUUAAAAAGAAGUUGCUUUUGGUGAUCAAACAGUGUAUUCUUUGCCAGUUUGGUGAAAACUUUGCCGAGAGGUCUUCAUGUGUGCUACCCCAGCAACACACAAAUUUUCAAAGUGACCUGUUGGCUGUAUCUAAUACCGUUUUGCAAGUUUUGGUAUCCAAUUGGUUGGAACAGGUUCCUGUCAGUCCCAAGGCCUGUUUGUUUGGUGGCAAUGAGAUACUUGGCGAUGAGGAUUCAAAUUGUGGGCCAGACCUGGUGAUGCUGAGGACUGUGAGUCUCAUUGUGGUGAAAGCUUUGGAAAUCAAAGUGCAGAACUGGUCAUUUGAAGGUGAAAAUAAAGAGGAUCUGAAUGUUCAGCUGCAGACUUGUAUACAUCAGCUGAUGAUGUUCAUAAGAACACACCUCAAGUCUCCUGCACAUUCCAAACGUCUCAUUCACUCUUGUGCCUGGGUGUCCCUGGUUUUCCUGGAGCAGGAUGAUGAUAUGGUAGAAGCAGCCAGGGCAUUAUUGAACAUCUAUAUACACUCUGUCAGAUUUUUUGAUGCCUACCAUGGCGAAAGGGGAGUCAACUCUCUUAAUGCACAUGAGAGUUGUUUCAAUCCACAUUGCAUUUUCCUGUUGCUUUUAAACAAUUUGACAUUUGAUCAUUGUGUGCUUCUUGACUUCCUGAUUUCCGCUGAGACCUGCUUUUUGGAGUACUUUGUCCGAUACCUAAGGCUUCUUCGAGAGGAAUGGCAAUGUUUCCUUUGCAUUUGCCGUCAAUUUGAUGAAGCUGAACUAAUUUGUCCAGCUGUAGCUAAUGAAGACAGUAAACAUAGUGAUGGAGAAAAACAAGAAAGAACUAUCGCUGGCACUGAAGGCAGUAAGGGAUAUCCAUGGGAACAUGUGCCACAGGCAGUUCUCAACCUCUCAGCAUGUCACAUUUUAACACCUGAGGAAGAACAAAGAAAGGACAAAGAUACUGCAGACAGUAGCAAAUGUGGAAUUUUGAUAAAUAGUAGUAAGUUCUGCCUGGGUGGCCAGUCUCAAGGUCUAGUAGAUUAUGCAAACUCUGAAGAUUCUGACUCUGAAUCAGUAGAAGUGCCGGAGUUUAAUAUUUACAGCCAGGAAGCCAAUCCAAUUAAUAAUAGUAAGAUAACUAAACUAGCUAGUGUCAAUACAAUAAAAGAUUCAGAAAAAAAUAAUUGUAAUCUUGAUACAAGAGAUCCUGGAAAUUUAAGUUUGGAUUAUUGUGAUGAAAAGGAUACAAAUAUGUGUGCAUCCUCGGGGACAGUGUUUAACAAAUCAGUUACAUGUUUGAUUGAAUUGAAGAAAACCAUUGCCAGGUUACAGGGAAGAAAUCUUUUUCCUUAUAAUGCAAUAGCAUUGCUAAGACUGCUGUUUCAAAUUGAAACACUUAGUGCCACUACACUACAUGAAUAAAUCUGAAUAAUUGUGUCAAUAGUGGAACUGUUGGCUCCAUAAUCAUAUGACUCACUAAAAGGAUCCCGUGUUAAUUUUUUCCCUCUUUGUUAAUGUGAGUUUUUACUUCUACUAAUAAUAUUUUAUUAAUAAUAAUGAUAAUAAUCCCUCA